GUCCUUGCAGGGCUCAUGGCAGACACCCAGUACAUCCUGCCCAAUGACAUCGGUGUGUCUAGCUUGGACUGCCGUGAGGCCUUCCACCUGCUGUCACACACAGAGCGCCUCUAUGCCCAUCACCUGUCUAGGGCUGCUUGGUACGGAGGACUGGCUGUGCUACUCCAGACUUCCCCGGAAGCCCCAUACAUCUAUGCCCUGCUUAGCCGCCUCUUCCGUGCCCAGGACCCUGACCAACUGCGCCAACAUGCCCUGGCCGAGGGUCUUACUGAAGAAGAGUAUCAGGCAUUCCUGGUCUAUGCUGCAGGGGUCUACUCCAACAUGGGCAACUAUAAGUCCUUUGGUGACACCAAGUUUGUUCCUAACCUGCCCAAGGAAAAGCUGGAACGUGUGAUCCUGGGGAGCGAGGCUGCCCAACAGCAGCCAGAAGAAGUCAGGGACCUCUGGCAGACCUGCGGGGACCUAAUGUUCUCCCUGGAGCCUAGGCUUCGACACCUCGGGCUGGGGAAGGAGGGAGUCACCACCUAUUUCUCUGGGGAUUGUACCAUGGAAGACGCUAAGCUGGCCCAAGACUUUCUGGACUCUCAGAACCUCAGUGCAUACAACACGCGGCUCUUCAAGGUGGUGGACCAGGAAGGGAAGUCCCACUAUGAGGUGCGACUGGCUUCAGUGCUCAGCACAGACCCCGCUCUCAACUCUGAAUUGACUUCCAAGCUGAAGAGAUAUGAGUUUCAGGGGAGCCAUUUCCAGGUCACUCGGGGAGACUAUUCCCCCAUCCUCCAGAAGGUGGUAGAACACUUGGAGAAAGCCAAGGCUUAUGCAGCCAACAGCCACCAGGAGCAGAUGCUUUCCCAGUACAUAGAGAGCUUCACCCAGGGCUCCAUCGAGGCCCAUAAGAGGGGCUCCCGGUUCUGGAUUCAGGACAAAGGCCCCAUUGUAGAGAGUUACAUUGGCUUCAUUGAGAGCUACCGUGACCCCUUUGGCUCCCGCGGAGAGUUUGAAGGCUUCGUGGCCAUGGUGAACAAAGCCAUGAGUGCAAAGUUUGAGCGGCUGGUGGCGAGUGCUGAGCAGCUGCUGAAGGAGCUGCCUUGGCCUCCUGCCUUUGAGAAGGACAAGUUCCUCACCCCUGACUUCACCUCCCUGGAUGUCCUCACCUUUGCUGGCUCCGGCAUCCCUGCCGGCAUCAACAUCCCCAACUAUGACGACCUGAGACAGACAGAAGGCUUUAAGAAUGUGUCCCUGGGGAAUGUGCUGGCUGUGGCCUAUGCCACGAAGCGGGAGAAACUGACAUUCUUGGAGGAAGACGACAAGGACCUGUAUAUUCGCUGGAAGGGGCCGUCCUUUGAUGUGCAGGUGGGGUUACACGAGCUGCUGGGCCACGGCAGCGGCAAGCUCUUUGUUCAGGACGAGAAAGGCGCGUUCAACUUUGACCAGGAGACCGUGACCAACCCGGAGACUGGGGAGCGGAUUCAGAGCUGGUACCGGAGUGGAGAGACGUGGGACAGCAAAUUCAGCACCAUCGCCUCCAGCUAUGAAGAGUGCCGGGCGGAGAGCGUGGGCCUCUACCUCUGCCUCAACCCUCAAGUCCUGGAGAUCUUUGGCUUUGAGGGAGCUGAUGCCGAAGACGUCAUCUACGUGAACUGGCUCAACAUGGUUCGGGCGGGGCUAUUGGCCCUGGAGUUCUACACCCCAGAAGCGGCCAACUGGCGGCAGGCCCACAUGCAGGCCCGGUUUGUGAUCCUGAGGGUUUUGCUGGAGGCUGGUGAAGGACUCGUUACCGUCACUCCCACCACAGGCUCUGAUGGGCGACCAGAUGCCCGGGUCCACCUGGACCGUAGCAAGAUCCGGUCAGUGGGCAAACCUGCCUUGGAGCGGUUCCUACGGAGACUCCAGGUGCUGAAGUCCACGGGAGAUGUGGUCGCAGGGCGAACCCUGUAUGAGGGAUAUGCAGCAGUCACUGAUUCACCCCCAGAAUGCUUCCUCACCCUCAGGGACACAGUACUGCUACGAAAGGAAUCCCGGAAGCUUAUUGUGCAGCCCAACACUCGUCUUGAAGGCUCGGAAGUACAGCUCGUAGAGUAUGAGGCCUCAGCCGCUGGUCUCAUCCGAUCCUUCUGUGAACGUUUUCCCGAGGAUGGGCGUGAGUUGGAGGAGGUCCUUACCCAGCUGGCCACAGCAGAUGCCCGGUUCUGGAGGGACCAGGUCAAGGAGGCCCCAUCUGGCCAGGCUUGAGAAGGAAGAUCUGUGUGGCCUUUCCCCACUCCAUCAAACCAAGGCUGUCAGUGGCCCUGAACUGUGUGUGUGUGUGUGUGUGUGUGUGUGUGUGUGUGUGUGUGUGUGU